AUACCGUGGAGCGCCGCAGGGCGGUGCUCUGAAUGGGACGCGGCCGGUCUCCAUCAGCUGACGCGCCGCUUCUGCCGCCGACAUCUUACCCUCGAAACGGCGGAGACGCAGAGUCCGAUUUUGACGGUCAAUCACUCCGAUAAAGUGACGACGGGCCCAGCGGGAAAUGAAGGACGGGGUCGGGGAACAUCGUUGCUGCCACCGGAGGAGAUCUACUGUAUUUACACCUAUGCUCACAUCGAGUUCUGCAACCUGGCCCUCAUGUCGUAUGACAGAUACCUGGCCAUCUGCCGUCCCCUGCAGUACCACGCCCUGAUGACGCCGUCCCGGAUCGCCAAGCUGCUCGCGCUCACCUGGCUCUUCCCUCUCCUUGAAUCUGUAGCAGGAAUAUUAAUGACCGUCUCUCUGCAGCUCUGUGGAAACGUCAUCCAUAAAAUCUACUGUCACAACCACUCCAUCGUUAAGCUGGCCUGCGCUGACACCACAGCCAGCAACGUUGGAGGAAUAGUUUACAUGUUCACCGUAAUCCUGGGGAUUAUCAUCUUAAUCCUGUAUUCAUACGCUGAGAUCCUGAAAGUGUGUUUCUCUGGAUCCAAGCAGACUCGGCAGAAAGCGCUCAGCACCUGCACGCCUCACCUGGCCUCGCUCAUCAACUUCUCCUUCGGAUGUUUCUUCGACCUGUUUCAGAGCAGGUUGGAUGUGAGCGGAGUUCCUGCGGUGCUGCAGGUGGUUUUGUCGCUCUACUUCCUGACCUGCCAGCCGCUUUUCAACCCUCUGCUGUACGGACUCAACCUGUCAAAGAUCCGCAGCUUCAGCAAACGGCUGGUUCUGGGGAGGAGAUGAGCUUCCUGCUCCACAUAAACACUAAACCUGAACAAAUGUUUCAUGCAAAUGUUUUCACAAACCUGAAAUCAGAUCUGAAGUUCGAUCCAUCAUGAUCACAGAUUCAGCUGGGUGAUAAAUUACCCCAGGAGUUGCAAUAAUUGAUAAUACUGUUGCUUUAAAACCACUUCCAAGUAAUAAGAUGCUAAUUGCAUUCUCAAAGAUGAUUAACUUUAAGUUCCAAUGAACAUGUAAGACUGGAAAUAAAAAAUAUUAAAAAUAUCCAAAAUAAAUAAACAAAACA